AUGUCUGAACAACUCAACAAGGUAGCCAACAAGGUUAAACAGUCUAUUCCUACAACCAAGAAGAAAUUCGACUCCAAGUCAUUAAACCAUAUCCAUCAGUACUCUUUAAUUCAAUAUUUACAAAACUUGACUUUAUCCUUUGGUUUAUUAAAUUCAAUUUAUCAACAAUUUAUCUUGCCCUUGUAUCAAUUCAUCCAAGUUCACUUGUUAUCAAUUUCACCAAUCUACGAUGUUGCUACUUUUUUCGAUUCCUUAACCAAUUCUUUAUUAAGUUUAUUUGAUAAAUACUUUAUUGAAAUCCCAUCUACAAAUCUUGAUGUAGUGGCCAAAAACUAUAUUAAACCAGUCAAUAAGAAGAUUAUUGAAGUCAACAACAAGUAUUUAACUCCAAUUGAAAAACAAACUGAAGAAGGCGUGUUUCAAAUCUAUUAUACCUUCAAGUCAAUUUUGCUAAAUUUAAAAAAAAGCGCAUUUUCCAAAUCAAACGAAAUUCAAAAAAACUUGGUAGAUACUUACAAUAAAGAAUUAUCGUCAACUUCUCCUGAACAGAAUGUUUUGGGCAAGAAUUUACAAGCAAGUUACAAUACAGGUUUGAAAACUUUCAAGACAUUAAACGAUGAUUAUUUAACUCCUUUAAAAAACCAAACUGAAAGUUAUGUUGCAAAGAAGCAAAAAACUGCUGUUGAUUUGAUUACAAGUACAAAGGAGAAGAUUGAACCAAAAUUGAACGAAUUGAAUCAGAAAAAGGAUGAUUUGUUGAAAAAUGGACAAUCUUCUGCUCCAGUCUCAGCAAGUGCUUAA